UGGACGGCCGUAUCGCGUUCGCACGGGCUCCGUUUGACAGAGAGAAAAAAAUUGUUUCGCGCGUCUUUUGACAGAUAAAACCAAACUUUUUUGUGCGUUCGGAAACUGGAUUGUAUAUUUUAGUGUUGUUUACUGGUUCUUUUGAUAAAGGAGAGUUAUAUGCAGUGUGAUUACCGGCUUGGAGUGGCCGUUGGAACGAUUUAGAGUGAUGAAUCAGCGAACGCCGGCUAAUUAACAACGUCACUGUUACGAAAACAAAUCUUAAUACUUCCAACUAUUAUUAAUUGAAUAUUUCGCGGCGCUGGGUUCCGGACGGCGGCAAGCUGUUUUACCCCUACCUGAAAACGUCCUCCCUACAAAGGGACUUUCUAUUUGCCAGUGGCUCCGGUAACCACCGAUGGGAUAAGAACGAGUCGGGAUGCGAGGCUGAUAUGCUGGAGGGCGCGGAGGGGGGCCGGCACUCGCCGCCCCGGCCGCAGCAAGAGCCCAUCAACCUCAAGAAUGAGCAGGCGGAGUCGGACCGUGAAAGUGGCGCGAGCUCGCCGGAGGGUGGUGGUGCGCGGGCGCAACUCGCUGAGCCUCGCACCCCGUCGCCGCGCGCGCGCACGCCGCACCAACCGCACUUGAAUGGCUCCAUGGCAUCGAUGUUUCAAAACCUGCAGAACCUCGCCAACAUGCAACAAAGCAUGCCACAACAGAUGCAGCAACAAAUGUCCCAGCAGAUGUCACAGCUGGCUGCAAACCUCCAAGGUCUGACGUCCAUGCCAUCCAACUCCGUCAUCAAUUCUCCGCUCAACUUGAGUGUUAGUGCGCCAGGCAUGGGCUCACCCAACCCUGUGUCAAAUAACAACAUGCUGCCGCCCGCGAUGCCGUCGCCUAUGCCACAACUCAUCCUGGCUUCAGGACAGCUCGUCCAAGGGAUUCAGGGAGCUCAACUCCUCAUUCCCACCUCCCAAGGCAUCGCCACGCAAACCAUCCUAACGAUCCCGGUCAACCACGUGAACUCAAACGACCAGAUGGUGAACCUGGCAUUAAACAACGGCCAAGUCGUGUCAACAUCGCUAGCCAACCUCCAAGCGAUGGCCCAACCUCACCAGUUACUCAACUCGAAUCCGCAGCAGACACCAAACAUUCGGCCGAACAUGCUGAACCCUACUUUAUCGAACGCCUUGCUAAACCCCGGUUUGCCAAACUUUUUGUCGAAUGGUGCCGCCAAUGCGCAGGAGUUGCUGCAAGCGCUACAGCAGCAACAGCAACCGCAGUCGAACCACAAUUUACUGCAGACAGUUCAACAAAACAACCAGCAGCAUAUGCCACAGCAAAUGCCGGGCAGAAGGUCCUCGUCUCCAAGGCCAGAGAGGCAUUACAAAGAACGAGAAAACUUUGAAAGGUUCGCGGGUGUUGCGAGAGAGAGAAGCGAAAGGGAGAACGCUGGGUCGGCGGUAUUAAACAACAUUAAUAGGCUCGCAGCUUCCAACGGUGAGAUAACAAUCACGACGUCCCACUCCAACGCCGGCACUACCAGUAGCGCGGGCAGCGUUGGCUCCGGCCCCACAGCGUCCCCUCAUCCGCCCGUCAAACUGUCCCCAGGCUCCGUGAAGUCCCCGUCUCACGACGACGGUGACCUACUUGCUGACUCGCCACAUCAACCAACUAUCAGCCAAUCGUCUGGCAACGUGGUGGACGGCAUCAACCUAGAAGACAUCAAGGAGUUCGCGAAGGCCUUCAAACUACGGCGGCUUGGCCUAGGCCUCACGCAGACUCAGGUCGGACAGGCCCUCUCCGUUACCGAGGGGCCCGCGUACAGCCAAUCAGCGAUUUGCAGUGCCCUGGCUUCGCAGAUGCUAGCAGCUCAGCUGUCUUCACAACAACAAAACAUAUUUGAGAAAUUGGAUAUAACUCCAAAAAGUGCGCAGAAAAUCAAACCGGUGCUUGAACGUUGGAUGAAGGAAGCUGAAGAGAGGUACGCAUCGGGGCAGAACCAUCUGACGGACUUCAUAGGAAUGGAGCCGAGUAAGAAACGCAAGCGGCGGACGUCUUUCACACCUCAAGCGCUGGAGUUGCUGAACGCACAUUUUGAGAGGAACACGCAUCCUUCUGGAACCGAAAUAACCGGCCUUGCCCACCAACUUGGCUAUGAGCGGGAGGUGAUCAGAAUAUGGUUCUGCAAUAAGCGACAGGCCUUGAAGAACACCGUGCGGAUGAUGUCCAAGGGCAUGGUCUAAACCAACUCUAACAUCUAAACAUUUAGAAUAACCAACAAAUAACUGUUAAAGCGACGAUUAAAUUAUCAUCAGAUUACGUUAACAUCAAGCAGGAGCGAAUAUCCGAUUAAAUUUAUCAUACAAAG